AUGUCAUCAGUCGACCAAAAGAGGAGAAGGAGAUAUGUGGUGAGCCUAGGCAAUCAGAAGCAUCGGUGCCUUUGUGUUGUGGCAUCGAUCCUCGGACAACAACAACAACAACAACAACAACAACAACAACAACAACAACAACAACAACAACAACAACAAAAUCGCCACCGCAACAACCAAGACAAGCCACUCAAUCAACUCAAUCACUUAACCAACCACCACCACCACCACAACAUCCAUCUCCCCCAUCCAAAAAAACCAAAAAUGCAAUUCAAGUACCUCACCGUCCUCUUCACCACCAGCGCCACCACCAUCACCCAAAUCGCCGCCAGCCCCCUUCCCAUCGCAGCCGCAGCCGCAGCACCACUUCCACUUCCAGAAGCAGCAGUAACAAAAGACAUCACCACCACCACCAACGUACUGCGCGUCCGAGACGAGCCCAAUUUGCUCGAUCUCGGAUUAGACAUUAGUAUCGGAAGCAAUCCUCCACCACGGACGUUCUAUUAUUACUACUAUCAGGGCAUGUGUGGUGAUGACGAUGGUAAGGAUGAUGAUGACAAUGACGAUUACGACAAUGACUUGAAGCAAGAUGACUUGGGAUUGUCGGAAUACGAGUGGUGGUGGCGAGGGACAAUGAGCAUGCCCGUGGAGCUUGGCAGGCAUUGA